AUGCCGUCAAAAUCAGCUCCUAUCAGGAAAGUCAUUGUUAUGGGCGGAACUGGCUUGACAGGAGCCGCCGUCGUCCGGGCUCUGGUACGAGCAGGCUUCGAGGUAUCGAUCCUCAGUCGCGACAGUUCUACAGCUGCAGAACGAGCCAAAUUACUUUCAGGAUUCGUCCUGCCUCAGCCUGAUAUUGCUCGACUAACCAAUGAUCACUACGGGGCACAACUCAUCAAGACAGACUACUCUCAUGAGUCUCUCGUGGCUGCAAUGCAAGAACAGGACGCCGUAAUUUCCUGCAUUCAGCAUUAUCACCUGGACAAGCAAUAUUCAGUGAUAGAUGCUGCUAUCGAAGCCGGUGUGCGGCGUUUCAUCCCUUCUGAAUAUGGAUGCGACACCUCCGAGGAGGACAUUGUGAAAAUUGUUCCACAAACAGCAAUCAAACGAGAGGUUAUCAAAUAUCUCAAAUCCAAGGAGGACACAGGUCUCUCCUGGACAGGAGUGGUUGUUGGAGGGUAUAUUGAUUCCAUGUAUGAUAUUCCAGGAGUGUUUGGCGUCGAUCUGCCUGCGAAGACUUUAACAGUCUAUGAUGGGGGCGAAGAAGCCUUCGAAGUCACAUCCAUGGAGCAAAUCAGCCGAGCAAUCUCUGCCGUUCUAUCCGACAAGCACUUGGAUGAAACGAUCAACAAGUAUAUCCAUAUCAACAGCUCGACCGUAACUCAAAAUCAAAUCUUCAAGAUUCUGCAAGAUGCGACCAGCAAUGUUUUCGACAUUAAGCAUGGGAGCAAAAGGGUCCUUCAUGAUACUGCCCGAGAAAAAUGGCAAUCUGACCCUGGGAGAGGUCCCACAUAUCAGAUGGCUAUGAUAGAGGCCAUUAUGGUAAUGAUGAUGAAUUAUGGCGGGUUUUGUGCAUUCUCUAAGAAGAAGGAAUUAUGGAAUUCAAGACUUGGUUUGCCUGAUGAGAACAUUGAACAAAUUCUUUGUGACGUGCUCAAGUCUAGAGGUCUCCUGGCGGACAAAUAA